GAAAGGGCGGGGAGGCCGGGGUGUGGAAAGUGUGGCGGCCCCGCCCCGUCUCUUGGAAUUGCCGGGGCAGCCACUGCUGCCGCCGCCGCAGCUGUAGGGGACCGGCGCCCGUGCGCAGGCGAGAGGAUUUCUUUCGCUGCUGAAAGUUCCUUCGGAAAAGCUACCAUCUCCUCAGCCCACCAUGGCGGAUGAAAUUGAUUUCACUACCGGAGAUGCAGGGGCUUCCAGCACUUACCCUAUGCAGUGCUCGGCCCUGCGCAAAAACGGCUUCGUGGUUCUCAAAGGACGACCAUGCAAAAUAGUGGAGAUGUCAACUUCCAAAACUGGAAAGCACGGUCAUGCCAAGGUUCACCUUGUUGGAAUUGAUAUUUUCACUGGGAAAAAAUAUGAGGAUAUUUGCCCUUCUACUCACAACAUGGAUGUUCCAAAUAUUAAGAGAAAUGAUUAUCAACUAAUAUGCAUUCAGGAUGGUUACCUCUCCCUGCUGACAGAGACUGGUGAAGUUCGUGAGGAUCUUAAGCUGCCAGAAGGUGAACUAGGUAAAGAAAUAGAAGGAAAAUACAAUGCAGGUGAAGAUGUACAGGUAGACACUGCCGACCCCAAAUUUGUUUUGAAGAUCAGCAUCUGCGCUAUUAAGAAUGAGAAAGGAUGUUAUGGGAAUAUUAACGCAUGAAGGUGUCUGUUAUGUGUGCAAUGAGUGAAGAAUAUGCUGUAGCCAUAAAGCCCUGCAAAUAAAUGGGAACAUCAGGCAUGAGCAAAUUGUUUAGGUCUGGAUCAACCACAGAUCUAAAGUUUGGUUCUAAGUUGUCACCAAAGCUAUGGCCUUCAUAAGCAACCUCAUUUCUUUUUUAAUUGUGUUGAAAUUGUAAUGAAUUAGUUUUGCAGGCAAUUGGUAAUUUAAAAUAAUCAAGAUGUGUAAUUCUGUUGAUUUUUUUAAAAAAUUUUGUAGGUGUCUUCCCUAUAACUUUCCUGUGGUUUUCAGUGAGUCUAAGAAACAGAUAAGAUGGCUUUAGCAGAUAUGAUUUGUCUGAGCAAAUCAUUCCUGAAUUUUAGUUGAUAAAUAAACCAGGGUUUAAAUCAGACAAUGUAGCAUCUAGUGGUAUUGAAGUACCACAUUUAAGUGGAAUUGUUCUGCAUUAAUUUCAGACUUUAAUAUAGAGUAAGUAGAUUAUGGAUUGGAAUUGUCAUAGCUUCAGCCUGUGUGUGGCAAGCACAAAUCCUUAAACAGAAAUCCUGUUAUCAAAAAGUUUUGAUUAUCUUAGUAGGCAUGUGCAGUCACCUGUAUUACCUCAGUCAUACUUUUCUUUGCCAAAUUGUUGGAGGACUAAACAUAACCUAUGUAGUGAUUUUGAUACCUGCUUGUGGUUGACAGAGAGGCAUUGAACUGUUGGUGACUAGUAUUAGCAAGUCAGAAUGUAAAGGAGUCUGCAAGGGACAGUGGCCCAGGGGGUUGGUUAGAGCUAUAGGUCUUUCCUGGAGGCCUGUGUAAUCGGCAUAAAAAUAGGAAGUUUCUUUCUAGUUACAUUUUGGUUUUUCCUUUUGUUCUCUCUCCGUAUUUAAAGGAAUGACCUGCUUUAUAGGAUAAUAUGCAGUGCUUUUCAUCUAUUAUGUUGAAUAAAUUAUUGGUAUUUAUAGUAGUCACUCCUUUCCAACCUUUUUUAAGGAGUUGGUUGUUUUUUUUUAUAUAUACAUUAAAAUAUUUAGUUGUCAGACAAAAACUGGAAAUUCUUACUUUAAAUUGAUUUGGAACAUUUGUUAAAUUUAUGUACACUUUUUCUAAAGUGAAAUGAAAGUAAAUCAUGGAAGAAGAGUUACUUUAUGUAAUAAUUAUUAUUUUACUUAUUUUAGGAUGUACUUGUAUUUUUUCUGAUUGUUAUGUACUUAAUUCGGUUACUGGUAUGAAACAUAAUUAGGAAAGAAUUCUACAAACCGAAUUAUUUUAAAAACUGUUUUUGGUGACUCAGCUACAUCUCUCUUUAGUCUUUUGGAUCAUGUGUAUCUUAUUUCCAGGACUCCAGACAUGGUCACAUGGUUUGUGAGGACCUUUGACUUAAUAGCAGUCAUAUUGAAAUGAAACUUAGAACAAAAUCACUACUUUAGAAAUACCUUCAUUCUCUGAGACUGAGUAUGAGACCUUUCCCAUCAUCCCUUGACCUCUGAAAGGCCUUUGUUUCUAUCAUCUAGAGGAAAAUAUAUAUGAUGCUGUAACUGAUCUAAUCAGUGACUGAAUAUAGCAUUAGGAAUAGAAGAUAGCAAAGAUUUUAGUUACUUAAUUUGUGCACAUUUUUAAAUCUUGUAUUGGCCUCAGCAAACCCAUUUGGAGAAGAAACAAAAUACUUUAAGAGAAAUGCAAGGAGAAUUCUAAAGCACAAGAAAUACUGAGGUUGUAGUUAAUCAUUUUAGUGUGACAUUUUAGCUUUUGCCCAUCUAAAGCACACUUAGGAAUUAGGCUAAAUUCUUUCCAGUAUUCCGUUUACGUAUCUACUACAUACUGCUCUAGGUUUUUAGUACUCUGUACUGUGUGUUUUACUUGUUGCUGGUUGGCAUUGUUACCCACAGGAAUCCCAGGAAGUUCUCAAUCCGUGUUGCUUGCUGGUCACUCAUAUGAUCCCAGUUAACCACAUUAGUGUUCUGGUCUACUAUUAAUUCUGGAUUAGCAUGCCCUUGAUGUUCCUAACUUGUCAAACUUCACAUAAAUACAUUUUUAAUUGUGAGGUAAGCAUAUGUAAAUUAUAAUAAUGCAUCUCUAUCUUCACACCUUGAAUGGCAAAAGCUAUUUAUGCAUAAAUAUUUUAAGUAUUAUAAUGAAGUGUAAAUACUCUUCUGAUAUAUAAGUAUAGAUUUUAAAGAUGUGGGACUGUUUAUUUUCAAAUAAGUCAAUACAUGUUUCUCUAGAACAAAAUAUUUCAUUUAGUAAAGCUUUAUAAAUUGUAUUAAAAGGAAGCAGGUAAACAUAUUUUUUAACAUAGAACAGAAGUGACUUCAUUCUUUUUUGACAUCAGAAAUAUUAAAAGUUGACUCCUAGUAUUUGUUGUACUUUUUUGUAGCAAAUGUUAAAUAUCACAGGUUACCAUGUAUAGAGUGUAGACUGUCCUAUUGAUUAUUCAAUGAUACACCAUUUUUGUCUGCAGGCAUUUCACCAAUUUAUAUACAAUAUUAAGUGAAAUAUUUGUUUCUUUCUAGAGCAACGUAUUUUAUUUCUACUGUGAAGACUUUGUUAUAUCUUAUUUGCUACUACAAAGUUGUAUACCCUCUGAAAUAGAUCACAUCAUUGCUACUUUAACUUAACAUUUGCAUCAUAAACAUAAUUAUGAUGUUUCUUUCAUUCUCCCCUCCAAGGGCUGUCUGUCACUUGAAAUUGUUGCUAACCAAGCUCUUGAAUCCGUUAACCAUUUAUGGUACAAAAUUCUGUACCAAUGCUUUAUAAUGAUUACCAAAACUCCUGCAGCCAGAGCAUGAUAUCUUUAAUAGGAGAUGCUAUAAUAAAAUGUUUAGGCUAUAAAAUUUGGGGACACAAUUUUUCAUUCUAGCACAACAUGAAUGUGUGCAUAUGCACACAUAGCUUUCUAUGUUUGUUGUUUUUACAAAGUCCUUCCAACUCUUAAAAGUACUGUAGUCUGGUAGUGCCUCAAAUGUUGGUAACUUUUUUUUUAAUUUACAACUUUUCCAGAAUUUGUUUUGUAAUUUUAAAGUUUCUCAAUUAGCUUAUGUCUAGUUGAGCUGUAAUUUGAAUGCGUUGUUCUCAGGGCUGUUUGUGCUAAGAGCUAAAGUUGCAUUAUUUUAAAGCUAACUGCCUGAAAGUAUACUGCACAAUUUUCCCAAAUUGUAAUACAAUGAUACAUGCAAAUAAAAAAAUCCUUAACAUCAACAUACUUAACCUAUAUGCUAAGUAUUAAAGAAAAAAAAUGGGAACAUUGAUAACAUCUAUACUGGAAUCUUGCCAUAUUUUUUUCAUUUUAGAAUAGAAUUUGGUAGUCUUAUCUUAGAACCCAAACCUUAAAGAUAUAUCUGAAAGCAUUCCUUUGGCAUGACCCCAAAGAUAGUUUUUAGAGCCAUACAAAGAUGUAGUGGUUCUCAAAUGUAUUUAGGGACAACAGAUAAAAAUUCAUAAUGCUCUUUUGUAUACAUGAAAAUGUUUACAUACUAAAUUCUAUAAUAUGAACUGGAAACAAAUUUACUAUGAGAAAAUGUGGCUCUUAAGCAGUAUAAGAGCAAACUGUAAGCAUAUUUCCAUAAACCAUAUGUUAUACUGAACUGAUCAACAGUUUAAAAUUUUCUAACUUAGGCAUAAUAUUUUACAGUUUUUAAGCCUUUUUUUCUCCUAGCAUUCAGACAAGUAAUAAACAACAAAGGCUAUGAAAAAUUUAUUGUGGAAAAAUCUUAAAAUUGAGAAAAUUCAAUCUAUUAGCUUUAAUCUAUUAAGUUUUUUUCCCUGAGUUGGAUAUAUGGCAUCAUUAUUUGAUUUUAGCAGGGAACAUUUGGAUUUAGCUUAUGGAACACAGAUGUUCUGUGAGAACAUGACUUGAAGUCACUAUAUAAUUUAAUUUAACUACCAAGUGAGGUCAAGUGCCUGAAAAGUGCUGUCUACAUCUAAUUAGCAUGUUUUCCUUAUGUGAAAGAUGCAUCUUAUAGCAAUGCAUUAUCAGGCUUUCACCUGCUAGAAACAUAGUUGUUGCCAAACUUCAACUACCGCUAUUCCUCUUGCCUUAGAAUUGGGUGAAAACUAUUUUACAAUUGAGAGAGAGGUUCUUUUAUUUAUAUGAAGUCCCUAAAACUAUUUCUUGGUAUUGGUACACUUAGAUUUAUCUUAGUUUGAGAUUAUAUUUUUUAAAAACUCUGGACAUUAAACUGUAUUCAGUGAUGACUGUACAGCUUGUCAUAAGUCACAGUUAUGAUCUUUCUUGAGAGGAAUUCUUUAUUAUGGUUACUAUUAUGAAUAAGCACUCUUGUGCUUGUUAUAAAAUAUAAUGCAAAUUACUAGUUCUAUGCUAGUAUAAUGAAAAUGACUAGUUCCAUACUAUUAUGUACCUGUGUUCUCCUCUCCAAAAAGGAAAUAGUUGAAAUGGCAUUGUCUAAUCCAGUGGCACUUUAUUAGUAACACAUUUUAUUUGUUUUAGGUAUAGGAGAAUUCUUGCUUUUAUCUACAGAGACUCAUGUUUUAGCUAAAACUUUAAAAUCAUAAGAUCUGUAGUAUGGAUAUUAUAAUUGUGCAUUUUACAUUUCAGAAAUGGGUAAAAUUCAAAUGUUGUCUUUGGCUAUCCUAAAAUAUUGAAAUCCUUUACAUUAUAGAUGAUGAACAUCAAUUAUAGUUUUGUUACAUUAAAAUAUAUUUGUCUGGUAACUUCAUCAGUUAUAUUAAAUAAAAAUAAA